GUGGGAUCUGCCGCUGCACCCUCAUCCCGGGGAGCGCCCGGAGAGCACUUUUCCCCUUACUUCAGGAGUGUUUGUGGAUUUACAUGCCAAGCCUUCAAGAUGAUGUCCAUGAACAGCAAACAGCCGCAUUUUGCCAUGCAUCCCACCCUACCUGAACACAAGUACCCCUCGCUGCACUCCAGCUCGGAAGCAAUAAGAAGAGCCUGUCUACCAACUCCACCGUUGCAGAGCAAUAUCUUCGCCAGCCUAGAUGAGACCCUGCUGGCCCGGGCCGAGGCUCUGGCGGCCGUCGACAUCGCCGUGUCCCAGGGCAAGAGCCACCCCUUCAAGCCAGACGCCACCUACCACACCAUGAACAGCGUGCCGUGCACCUCCACCUCCACCGUGCCGCUGGCGCACCACCACCACCACCACCAUCACCACCAGGCGCUGGAGCCCGGGGACCUGCUGGACCACAUCACCUCCCCGUCGCUGGCGCUCAUGGCCGGCGGCGGGGGGCACGAAGGGGCCGGCGGGGGCGGAGGCGGCGGCGGCGGCGGAGGAGGAGGGGGAGGCGGCGGAGGCGGCGGCGGCGGGGGUGGCUUGAUCUCCACCUCGGCCCAUCCCCACUCGCACAUGCACGGCCUGGGCCACCUGUCGCACCCGGCCGCCAUGAACAUGCCCUCGGGCCUGCCCCACCCGGGGCUGGUGGCCGCUCACCACGGCGCGGCGGGGCAGGUGGCCUCGGCGGUGGUGGGGGCGGCCGGCCUGGCCUCCAUCUGCGACUCGGACACGGACCCCCGGGAGCUGGAGGCCUUCGCCGAGCGCUUCAAGCAGCGGCGGAUCAAGCUGGGCGUGACCCAGGCCGACGUGGGCUCGGCCCUGGCCAACCUGAAGAUCCCCGGCGUGGGCUCGCUGAGCCAGAGCACCAUCUGCCGCUUCGAGUCGCUCACCCUGUCCCACAACAACAUGAUCGCGCUCAAGCCCAUCCUGCAGGCCUGGCUGGAGGAGGCCGAGGGCGCCCAGCGCGAGAAAAUGAACAAGCCCGAGCUCUUCAACGGGGGCGAGAAGAAGCGCAAGCGGACUUCCAUCGCCGCCCCGGAGAAGCGCUCCCUGGAGGCGUACUUCGCCGUGCAGCCCCGGCCCUCCUCCGAGAAGAUCGCCGCCAUCGCCGAGAAAUUGGACCUGAAAAAGAAUGUGGUGCGGGUUUGGUUUUGCAACCAGAGACAGAAGCAGAAAAGGAUGAAAUUUUCCGCCACCUACUAA